GACGCAGGCACGAGGAGGACUACAAAUAACAGCAAGAUAACAGACACUUAUUUGUGCCUGUGCUGUGGAUUGCCCUUUAUUCAGUGGACACCGAAGUCAUCAUGGCACAAGCUCUGGACAUUGAAAACUGGAAUCUGGAGUGUGAGUUCAACAACAAAGAUCACCAUACAGAUCUAAACGGUGCCGAUCGUCUGAUUGUGAGGAGGGGACAACCGUUCACAAUCAGCCUUUACCUUCGCUCUGGAGGCUACCAACCAGGACUCUCCUGUCUGGACUGCAUUGUUGAAACAGGUCCUCAACCGUCUGAACAGGGUGGCACCAGGGCCUUUUUUGGUCUGAAUGCCAGCGUUGAUGUUUCAUGCUGGAGUGCUUCAGUCAGCAGCGCCCCUGGAAACAUGGUAGCCCUGUGCAUCUGUUCUCCCUCUGACGCACCCAUCGGCCGCUACACCCUAACACUGGGGCAAUCAGGGCGUGUUGAGUUUGUCCUGCUCUUUAACCCCUGGUGUCCAGGGGAUGCAGUAUACAUGGACAGUCAGCAAAAUCUGGCAGAGUAUGUUUUGGCUCAGGAUGGAAUCAUCUUCCGAGGCAGUUCCAAAUAUCCCAUACCAACACCGUGGAACUUUGGACAGUUUGAAAGUGGAAUCUUGGAUGCCUCACUGCGGAUUCUUGAUAUGAGUCGCAAAUGUCUGCGUGAUCCUGGUAAAGACUGCUCAAAGAGAGGAAACCCCAUCUAUGUGACGAGAGUGCUUAGUGAAAUGGUGAACUGUAAUGACGACAAAGGUGUGCUAAUGGGAAACUGGUCAGGUAACUAUGAUGGAGGUCUUUCCCCCAUGUUUUGGAGGGGCAGCAUGGAGAUCCUGCACAGCUGGGACAGAAAUGCCUGUGUGCCUGUUCGAUACGGGCAGUGCUGGGUGUUUGCUGCAGUCGCCUGCUCAGUCUCCAGAGCACUUGGUAUCCCCUGUCGAGUUGUCACCAACUACAACUCAGCCCAUGACUCCAACAGCAACCUGGUGAUUGAACAUUACAUUGAUGAAGAUGGACUCUCCACUAAAGAUCAAGAAAUGAUCUGGAACUAUCACUGUUGGGUGGAGAGCUGGAUGAGCAGGCCUGACCUCACAUGUGAGUUUAACGGCUGGCAGGCCAGUGACCCCACACCACAGGAGAAAAGUGAAGGGGUGUACUGCUGUGGUCCCGUUCCUGUCAGGGCCAUCAAGGAAGGCGAGCUUACAUUCAAGUACGAUGCCCCAUUUGUCUUUGCUGAGGUCAACGCCGAUGUCCACAGUUUCAUGAAGAAAAAAAACGGGAGCACAAAGAAAGUGGUGUCCACCACACUGGUGGGUCAGAAGAUCAGCACCAAGAGUGUUGGCAGUGAUGCCAGAGAUGACAUCACUCAUCUCUAUAAGUACCCUGAAGGCUCUGAAGAGGAGAGGCAGACUUAUAGUAAGGCCAACCACCAAAACAAGCUGGUCCUGCAGAAGGAGAACCCGGGACUACACCUCACGAUUAAGGUUUCAUCAGAGAUGAAGAAAGGCUGUGACUUUGAUGUGUUUGCUGUUGUUACCAACAACACCGCCAUUGAGAAGAAAUGCCGCUUGGUGUUCAGAUCCUGUGCCAUAUCCUAUAAUGGGGUUCUGGGAGGGAACUGUAGUUUUAAAGAUCUACUCAAUGUGGAACUCUCACCGGGUGCAGAAAGGCGAGUUCCACUGAGGCUGAACUACUCUAAGUACGGUGACCAGCUCACUGAAGACGACUUAAUCUGUCUUACCAGUCUGCUGAUUGAUUACAACACUGGAGAUGCAAUGCUGGCUCUGAGGAACAUUGUUCUGGAGAACCCUGAAAUCAAAGUCAGAAUCCUUGGAGAACCAAAGGUGAAAAGUAAGCUGGCUGCAGAGAUCACUGUGCGCAAUCCUCUGCCAGAGCCGCUGCAGGGCUGCUGCUUCAGCAUCGAGGGGGCCAACCUCACGGGAGGACACGUCAUCACUGAAAGGUUGAACUCCACAGUGGGACCAGGGGAAGAUGCCAAAGUGAAAAUUUACUUCACACCGUCUCAUUCUGGGCUCAGAAAGCUGUUGGUCGACUUCGACAGUGACAGACUGUGCCACGUUAAAGGCUACAGAAAUGUUAUUAUUGGAAAGUAGAACAUUUACACAGUACAUUGGAUGAUG